GCUCAAGUUCGCGAAGAUGACGAGUGUAGCGAAGUAGACAUCACACAUUAAUGAGCGUGAGCGAAUUCAGAAGAUGAAGUGCCGCAGGAAGAUCCAUGGAGAGACAGAUGAGCGAAGGACCGCGAAUCUUCACUUCUCCAGCAAGAGUUAGCUGUCGAGAUCAUCAUCUGUUCAACUUAUCUAUCAUGAUUAGGGGCACUAUUACUAGAUAAGCAUGGUCGGCGGGGUUCUGCGCUUCCUUUGCAUUGUGUUGGCGUAGUUGCUCUGCCCUCUGAAUUCAGGACCAGCGACGUCGAGUCGGGGGCCGCGCAUCUGAAUGAACGCAGAGCAGCGCCGGCAACGAGUUUAAGGGAUUCCGGGCGGGCCCGCAAUUGGUGAAGAAUUUUCUGGCAGUGUGUAAAGUCGUGAAGAAGGGCGCCCGGCACUAGUUGCGCGCGCGUGUGAGUUCCUGACUAAGAUACGUUCUACAGCCGCCAGCCAACAGGCCCUGCACUUCCUUGCCGCCUUGUUCUGCUCCCGUUACUCCUACCCCCAGGACCGGCCCCGCGGCGCUUCUCUCACCGGCCCCGCAAGGUUGGGCCGCCUCCUUUGGCCCCGCCCGCCUGCGACCCGCCCCGCCUGCUGCGCCCGUCUGGCGCCCCGCAUUCGGCGGCUGCGGCUCCUACCGCGCGCGGACUAUCUUCCGCGCCAGCCAG